UGCUUAGUAAGGUUGGCUUCAUAGCAAUCACAGAAAAAUAAAGUGGUGACAGCUGCAUAGAAGUACGGUAUUUGACAAGAGUUAAAGGGUAUAUUGGGAGGUGGUGUCCCGUCCCCCAGGCCGUUUGCAUGGUGUACUGUACUACCUGAUAGGAUCAUGUAGUGGAAUGGUAACGUUAGUGGGUUUUUAAUGAGUGUAGGUAGCAGCUGCAGAGAAAUACCUUGGCGUACGAGAUUUUACUGCAGAAGUAAUGGGGGAUUUUAAUGAAAUAGGGGUAUAUACUGUAGGUGUAGGGUUAGUUGGUGGAUUUAUUUAUUUUAGGAACAGGAAUAAUGAGAAUUUAAUGUUGGUAGGAAAUGACUGGCCUCACUUUAGUACAGCAGCGGUGUAUGUACAUUUAAAUUGUAUGCGAUAGGCCAAUCCCGAAGAAGGAGAAUCAAAUCAAAUGUAUUUAUAAAGCCCUUCUUACAUCAGCUGAUAUCUCAAAGUGCUGUAUAGAAACACAGCCUAAAACCCCAAACAGCAAUGCAGGUGUAGAAGCAAUGCAGAGAAGAGGCUAGCUGGCUUGUGCUUGUAGUCAAAUAUUUUUUUUUAAAGAUGUUAAACGAAAUCGUUUUUCGUGCGCGUGUAGCGUCCGUUAUGGAAACUUUAACAGCAGCAGCCGUGCGAGCAGUGUGUCUAAUAAUGGAAGAAAGCUACGCUGCUCUACGUGUGGAAAUUGAGUGUAGCCAUGAACCGAACAGGAAGCCCCUGACGAUGGAGAAGGAGACUGUGCAAGCAUUUAACCCAUGCCGUUCUCCUGAUCGUAUACAAAUGGAAGGUUUGAGAAAGACCCCUGUUGAUGAACAGCAGGAUGAAGACGAGGCCAGCGGUGCUGAUAUGGAAGAUGAUCCCAUGGACCACGGAAGAUGAGAUAAAAAGAUUUGUAAAUGCAAUUUGGACUGUAGGACAGAUGGCCAUUAUCACUGCCCCCAGUGUGAGAGAACUAUCAUCAGGAGGGAUGCCAUGACAAGUCAUCUGCUGUUGUGUCAAGGGGCUUCCGCUCCUGUUUCAUCAGCUGUACUGCCCACGCCUGCUGUAAACCAGCGUAUUAAAAUCACCACCCAUAUCCAACUGCCUCAUAGUCCAGCCUAUAGGACUCUGACGACUAUGUGUGAUCACUGUGGCUUUGUGCUCCUGAGAAAGAACUUGAAGCAGCACCUGCUGAGGAAACACCCGGAGAUAGCCACUCCAUUGGAGGGAGCACAAUCAGAUCCUGUGUCUGUGGCACAACAACACGGCACCAUGAAACAUGCUGAAGGGACCAGGCGGAGACGGAGACUGACCGCCACCUGCACCAUAUGUGGGCGUCCGGUGACCAUGAAGAACAUGCGAGCACACAUGAACAGAAAAUACCCUGAUUCCUGGUAGAUGCCUGCUUUGCAAACAUAGGCAUUAUAGCCUGAUCCCAGAUCUGUUUGUGCUUUUUGCCUUUUGUCAUUGAGAAGCAAAACAAUUUGGCCAAGGAAAAGAGUACAAGGAGUGGAAUGUUAGCAAAACAGGUUCUGGAUUUCAGGCUAUAGGCUUAAUGCAUCAACUACUUAAUUGAUGGCUGAGUUCUAUUAUAUAUAUUUUUUAUAACAAAUCUUGUACAUUCAUGUUGUAUAUAUUUUUUACCAUACAAAUAGAGAAAAUUGCAUUUGUUAAUCUGACCCUUCAGUGUUAUUGGGUUAUGUUUAUGACUUGGCUGCCAGUUCCAUUUCCAAGGCCUGAGUUCUGUUCUUGCAAACAAGCACAACAAACAAUUGGGGAGAAUUUAUAGAAUAGAAUUUAUACCACUAUAAACAUUUAGUUAUUUUGGAAAUGUCUUGCAGUCUCAAUAACUUGUUAAAGUUGACUAUUGUACAAAGUAUGUUGAAAAGCUGGGGAAUCAUUCUCCACUCAAUCACACCAAAUAAUGGUGGUUCAAAUCUAGGCUGUUAUAAUCAAGUUAUUUAGCUUAGAAUGUUAUAGCUGUAGAAAGGUACAUAGCAGCUCAUAAGAUCAAGGGGAUGAGAAUGUUUGAAAGUUUGUUCUGGCAUUUGUCUUGUUGUUUUUGUUUAGUGGGAGAGAGAAAAAAAGCCACUUACGCUGUUGGGAAAUGUAUUCAUAUUUUGAGUAUCAAAUAAAUUCAACAAAAGAUGUAAGAAGCUGCUAGACUCAAGGGCGUAUCUAAACGUGUAUUUACGGUAUUUCACCGGCCCGCCCAACCUCAUCAGCUGUCCGGAAUUAAUCCAAAGAAAACUUCCGGAAGAGGUGUGAAAAGGUGAAGCCACCAUCUGAUAACAAAGAAGAUGUUCACUUCUCACAUAGGAACAGAUUAGAUUGAUUGUUGUAGUCUACUUGGUAACCAUGUCGCACGAACUCGCUUUUCGUUGUCGCGUCACCUCCAUUAUGGAAGCUUUGACAGCAACAGUCGUGCAAGAAAUCUGUCAAUUUAUGGGAGAAAGCUAUGCUGCUCUUCGAGUGGAAAUGUUGCAUGAACAAAAUAAAAAAGAGACAAGGAUGGAGAAGCCAGCGAACUGCCGCAAGAACUUUUCAAAACCUGUUAGCCCACCAAGUUUGGGAAACUUUCCAAUCGUGGGGCAGGUCCUGAAUAAACAAGAGGCCAACUAUCAUUGGCUAGAAGACGGUGCUGUUUUUGAAGGCCUAGCAUCACCAGUGACGGAGAGACAAGAGCCAUCACAGCCCCCUGGUCAGAUUACAGACACGGUACCAUGGCCAGUAUGGCUCAUCAAACAGGAGGAAAUGGCUGAUGAUGAUUUGGAAUCGGAAGGUUACGGCGAGUGGAUUCCAGAGACUCCCAAGGCAAGCCAGAAUAUCACAGGAGAAAGUGAUGAGGAAGAGAGAAGUAAAGCCUCUGGGGGAUCCAGAGAACUUGGACUCGACGACUUCAAGAGAGAACAGAGUCCGUUGCUGGUGUCAGCUGAGGAUGCUGUGACACCCAUAAAGACAAAGUAUAAAGCACGCAUGUUAGAACACACUGGGAAGCCACGUUUCCGCUGCGAUAUCUGCGGUGAGAAAUUCCAGCGUCAGAGCGGCUUGACCAGGCACCAGCGGCACAAACACAACACCGUGAAAACCUACAGUUGCACUGUGUGUGGGAAAGGGUUCACCUACAUCAAAUCCCUCAGCACGCAUGAGCUCACGCACUCUGAUGUCUCUAUCAGUUCAACUAUAACUCUGGAUGAAGCCAAGGCAAGGAAAAGAGGUCUGACUGAUGAACCCACAGACAGAAAUGCAGCGAGAGAUAUGAUCAGUGCCAUCCUUCACUCAAAGCCAGGUGGAGAAAAGGUGUUCCAGGAGUAUGGGAAAACCAAAGGUCUUACGGAUAGCACACGGAGACUGAUGGUGAACAUUAUUGUGGCCGACAUGAUGGAAAAUCAUGGUAGGAUCCCCCCAUCAAGUGUCCGCACCAACUACGCCCUGGGGAUUGUGACUUUAUUCCCGUUCUUGAAUGAUCCAGAUUCAGAGCAUGGCUAUGAAAAAUAUUAUGAUGCAGCUAGUGGGUCUGGUUACCUGGCCUGGAGAAUAAAGACAGUGGGGCGCAACACGUCAUGUAAGACCAAGAAGAGAACCAAGCCCACCUAUCAAAAUGGUCCAAAGGCUCAGCGAAGUUGCCCUUCAGCUGUUGAGCAACUUUCGGGGGAUGAAUGCAAAGAGGCGAUAUCUGUGCUUCAGCAUACAACAACUAAUGAGUCACUGGUUCGAGAGAAGAUGAUGGCAACGUUCCAAUACAGACAGCAGGUGGUUCAUGAUCCGGGAAGUCCUCAACUGUCCUAGAUCUCUUCCCCAGAUUCCUUGACACUACAGGCUUGAUCAACCAAGAUUUCACCAGACUUUUCGGAGAGGUGGUGUCUGGGACAUUUAUGGCGAAGUGGCCAACAUUUUUCAAACCCAGGGUCAUCGCAGAUUGCAAAACCCUUCCCUUCAGCGAACCUGUGGAAGACCUCCUCUCAUCUGCUCAGCAGGAAUCCAAUGAUUAUGGAUGGGAGAGUGACUUGGCAGCCAUUUUGUUGCUUCUGCAUCUCUUACCCCCGACCUCAAAGGGCCCGAAGACCGCAAAGAUCCGUACCUCUCAAGCUGCUGACCAUCUGGUUAGAUUUAUGAAGGUAGGGACAAGUAUAGUGACCUUCCUUGAGACAGUUGGAUAUGAGCAGCAGCCCUUCCUCCUCUGUGUCGGUGAAAGGAAGAACAGCCUUCAGAAGUUUUACAUUGUCGUUGACCAGAAGGCCAUCCCAUGCAAGGCCCAAACAUCAGUGGCAGCUUUUGACGAGCUCUUUAAGGCACACUAUGUCUUCAGUGUGUCCUACCAUGAAGCGUUGUGUAACUUCUACACAUUCAUCCAGACCACCGUGUACGGUAUUGACGUGGGGAAGGCAAAGGAGUCCUCAAGAGUCAAGGAGAUUAGAGUAAGGCUGCUUAACAAAGACCAGGGGAAUGGUGCCGCCGGAGCGCAAGGGAGCGGUGCUCCCGCCCUUUUUGCAAUUUGAGAAUAUAAGUUAGUAGUUGAAUAGAAUAGGGCAGUAUCACCAUCUGCUCUAUUUCGCUCCUGAAACAGUAACUCAAGAAGAUCUAAGUGCGUAUCCCCAUGAAGCUGAUUGAGAUCAAAUGAUUGUCAUGCAGAUGCAGUUUGGACAUUUCACCAGUAAAACUCAAAUAAUUAUCGUUCACCAAUGACACUGAUGGCCUAUUUGUAAAUUAGAUACCCUCAAACACAAAGUUCGGUAUAUUACAUUUUAGUGAGAGAGUGUGAGCAUAGGGCAGAUGUUGCAGUUGGAGAAUGCAUUUUGUGCAUAUUGUAUUAUAAUAUUCAUUAGGUUACAUCUGUCAGUACAAACUUUGAUUGUAAAAUUAUGUACUUCACUUUUUGGGGGUUGGCUCCCGCACCUAACAAAAACAAAUGGCACUAUACCACUUACAUAGAUCUGUGAAUUGAGAUGUGUUUACUUGUUUUAUUUGUAAAAUACACUACAGCAGUUGUGCAUUGCUUUUUGACAAGUUUCAUCAUGGUUUGUCAAUAAAACGUCAUUCAAUCUGGA